CUCAUCGCCAGUGAUUACAAUACAAUGAUCAUUCAAUUGAUAGCAGUUGCUUUCAAAGUUUCAACGUAUCGCACGAAUAGGUAGAUAUUGUUUUGAUAUGAAAUCGAUAAGAUUAACGAAGCAAUAAACGAAGUCAAAAGUGUGGUUAUAUAGAGGUAGGUAGUUUUAAUUGCAAAGUGUCCAUUGUGACUGUUUCAUUUCUACGUACAUUCAUGUUUUUUGUUACCUUGUGCCAGUGAAUAUUUUCGUUGUUCAAGUAUUCUUCAUUCAUGCUACUUAAGUAAACAAUGACGAUGGAUAAGCAACUGGUUUGGGUGAGGGACCCCAACGAGGGGUUUAUCCUCGCCCGACUGCACGAGCUGAUGGGAGAAGAAGCAGACGUCUUCCCCAUCGAUAACAAGUUCCCCAAGCGAGUCUGCAACUUUGAAGACAUAUUCCCCGCCGGUGAUCCUGCGAAGAGUGUUGAUGAUAACUGCGAGCUGAUGUUCCUAAACGAAGCUACACUACUGAACAACAUCUUAAUACGAUACAAGAAGAAAAAGAUCUACACAUAUGUAGCCAACAUCCUAUUGGCUGUGAACCCUUACGAAGACAUUCCAGACAUGUACUCCUCCACCACCAUCAAGAAAUACCAUGGAAAGUCCUUGGGAGAACUGCCACCUCAUGUCUUUGCUAUCGCUGAUAAAGCCUUCCGUGACAUGAAAUCCCUGAAAAUGUCUCAGUCCAUCAUCGUCUCUGGCGAGUCUGGUGCUGGUAAAACGGAGUCCACGAAGUACAUACUCAAAUACCUGUGUGAGCUGUGGGCGAAGGCCGCUGGACCAGUGGAACAAAAGAUUUUGGAUGCCAACCCGAUCCUAGAAGCGUUCGGUAACGCUAAAACAACACGUAACAACAACAGUUCCCGUUUCGGCAAGUUCAUGGAGGUGCAUUUCAACAACAAAUACCAAGUCGUGGGCGGCCACAUCUCCCACUACCUUCUAGAAAAGUCUAGAAUAUGCACACAGAGUGCAGAAGAAAGAAACUACCACGUAUUCUAUCUUCUAUGCGCCGGCGCACCUCAAGAACUCCGCACUCAAUUGAAAAUCACCAAACCUGACGAUUAUUUGUACUUGAAGAAUGGAUGCACACAAUACUUUACGUCACCGAAUUCUGAAAAGAAGAUUACCGCUGACCGCAAGAGUAAACAGCAACAAGCUAAGGGCGGUUUGAGGGACCCCAUACUUGAUGAUGUCGAGGACUUCCAGAGGCUGCAUCAGGCACUAGCCCGAGUGGGUCUAUCAGAAGAAGAGCGUCUAGCAGUAUACGGAGUCGUCAGCGGAGUGCUACACCUCGGUAACGUGCAGUUUGAGGAGGACAGUGGAGCCCGCGGCGGAUGCAAGGUCGCGGCCGAGUCGGAACCAGCCCUACAUACUUGUGCUUCUUUACUGGGAGUGGACCCUGGAGACCUACGGAUGGCACUCGUCGCUAGGCUCAUGCAGAGCAGCCGCGGUGGAGCUAAAGGCACUGCUAUCAUGGUCCCUCUAAAGACGUACGAGGCGAACAACGCCCGCGACGCGCUGGCCAAGGCGGUGUACAGCCGCCUGUUCGACUACAUCGUGCACCGCAUCAACGCCAGCAUCCCCUUCCAGGCCUCCGCGUACUACAUCGGGGUGCUCGACAUUGCUGGCUUCGAAUACUUCCAAAUGAACAGCUUCGAGCAGUUCUGCAUCAACUACUGCAAUGAGAAGCUGCAGCAGUUCUUCAACGAGCGCAUCCUGAAGAAUGAACAGGAACUGUACAAGCGCGAGGGACUCAAUGUUCCUGAGAUCAGAUUCGUUGACAACCAGGAUUGUAUUGAUCUAAUUGAAAGUAAGAACCACGGUAUCUUCCACCUGUUGGAUGAAGAGUCGAAGCUCCCCAAACCUGAAUUCAGUCAUUUCACACAUUCCGUGCACAAACAACUUGGUGCUAAUAAUAACAGAUUGCAACUUCCUCGUUCAUCUCGUCUGAAGGCUCACCGCACCCUGCGUGAUGAUGAAGGAUUCUUAUUACGUCACUUCGCCGGUGCCGUCUGUUAUAAUACCAACCAAUUCAUAGAGAAGAACAACGACGCUCUCCACGCGUCCCUCGAGUUCCUGGUCCAGGAGUCCAACAGCAAACUGGUGCAGCAUCUCUUCCAGAACACUGACAACAACAAUGCCAAAGGAAAACUCAACUUUAUCUCCGUCGGCGCUAAGUUCCAAUCUCAACUGUCGCAGUUGAUGGAUAAGUUGAAGGAAAAUGGCACGAACUUCGUGCGCUGCAUCAAGCCGAACUCGCGCAUGGUGUGUGGGUCGUUGGAGGGCGGGCUGGUGCUGGGCCAGCUGCAGUGCGCCGGCACCACGGCCGUGCUCGAGCUCAUGGAGCACGGCUACCCCAGCCGCGCGCCAUUCCACGACCUGCAUAACAUGUACGCCUCGUAUCUACCCGCCAAGCUGCAGAAGUUGUCCCCUAAGGUCUUCUGCGAGGCCAUAGUCCACAGCCUGGGUCUAUCAGACAAAGACUACAAGUUCGGUGUGACGCGAGUGUUCUUCCGUCCGGGCAAGUACUCGGAGUUCGACACCAUGAUGAAGUCCGACCCGGAGAACUUGAAGUCCAUUGUGGAUGCUGUACUAUCCUGGCUGGUCAAGUCCAGGUGGAGGAAGUCCAUAUUUGCUGUGCUGUCCAUUAUUAAGUUGAAGAACAAGAUCGUAUACCGAAGAGAAUGCCUGAUCCUUCUACAGAAGACUAUCCGCGGCCACUUGGUGCGUCGCAAGCACAGGCCGAGGUACCAAGGACUGGCCAAGAUCAACGCUUUGCAUCACAACCUUAAAGAUAUGGAGACAGUCACCGCACAGCUCAAGAAGGAGAAGGAUAGCGCACAGAGAAACAUCGAGAACUUGAGGAAUUCUAUUAGGAAUGCUUGUGCUGCUAUUAAGUCCAAUGAGAAUAUAUCUCGCGCUGAAAUCGACAAGCUGUACUCUACAUUGACCAAAGACGUUGAGACACAGAUGGCCUCCCUACAAAAGGCUAUGGUUGACCAGAAGAAUAGGGAAGAACAAGAGAGGUUGCGUAAGAUGGAAGCGGAGAUGCGCGCCGCUGAAGAGGCUAAGAAACGUGAACAGGAGAGAAUUAAACAAGAGGAGGAACACAGGAGACUUAAAGCGGAGAUGGAGGCGCGUCGUAAGGCGGAGGAGGCGGAGAGACUCCGACUCGAGGAGCAGGACCGACUCGCUGCACUCAAACUGCAGAAACAAAUGGAAGAGGCUGCCAAGGCCGACCAGGAGAAUAGGGAGAGGUUAGAACAAGAGAGACGAGACCACGAAAUGGCAGUGCGACUGGCUAAAGAGACCAACGGACACGUGGAAGGUUCCCCACCUCAAUUGCGCAGUUUCCCUACCAUGGAGUCAAUCAAUGGAGAGAAUAAAUUGAACAGGUCGGAACGCGUACGAAUGCAGCAAGCUAUGCAGGGCAAGCAAAAGUAUGAUUUGUCUAAAUGGAAGUAUUCGGAGCUACGUGAUACUAUUAACACUUCAUGUGAUAUUGAACUUUUGGAGGCUUGCCGCCACGAGUUCCACCGCCGCCUGAAGGUUUACCACGCAUGGAAGGCAAAGAACGCCCGCAAGACUACCAUGGCCGACCAGGAGAGGGCGCCACAAUCGAUUAUGGAUGCCGCAAAGACCCCUCGAGUGCCCCAGAAGGGUGAGAUCCUGGGCGCCCGGCACCGCUACUUCCGCAUCCCGUUCGUGCGCGCGGGCGGCGCGGGCGGCGCGGGCGGCACCGCCCCGGCCGACACCGAGCGCCGCGGCUGGUGGUACGCGCACUUCGACGGACAGUACGUCGCGCGACAGAUGGAACUACAUCCUGAUAAGACGCCUGUCUUGCUACAAGCUGGAGUGGACGACAUGCAGAUGUGCGAGUUGAGCCUGGAGGAGACGGGGCUGACCCGCAAGCGCGGCGCCGAGAUCCUGGAGCACGAGUUCGAGCGCGAGUGGGCGCGCCACGGCGGCGCCCCAUACACGCCGCACGACCAGCGCAAGCGUUAGAUAUCACAUUCCACCAAGGGCCUAGUGAAAUUUAGAAACGACGUCGCAAAAUCGAAAAAUAUUCCACAGAACUAGGAAUUUGAAAUUUAUUAUAACACACAUAAGAUAGAUUAUUGAAUAGAGGAAUUACUUAGUUCUUUCAACGUGCCUUUGCAGGUUCCUAGACUUAUGAUAGUGCAAUAUAAUUGAAGGUCUUUAAGGUUAUAUUAAUAUGGUUCCGUAGUUUCAGCAAAGUUGGAUACACAACAAAUGUUUAUAUACAAAUCUUUCAAAUGGAUUCACUAUUUAUUGUGAUAAAAUAUGUUCAAAAGUGUGAUAAAUAUCAAUUGUAUCGCCGUGCCUUAAAUUAUUAUACUAAAAUAGUUUUAAUCUAACUUUGCUGUAUUCUUAUUUUAUUGUAAAACUAUGCAGUUUAUGAGAAUUUGGCAGCUUGUAUGGUUUUAUUGAAUUUGUCAACGGUUUGUCAAUAAUAUCAUGAGUGUGUGUCAACUAUCAGUUAAAAAGUAGAAAUUAAUAUAUUUUAAUAGCUGUGCUAAUUUAAGUCACGAAGAUUUUAUCUUGUUUUAGCGAAAUUUUAACUUGUCAUUCCAAAAAUCGAUUCCUGUAGCAUCGACACUAUCCGUUACUAUUUCAUUUAUGUAUUUGUAGGAUACAAGGAAAUUAGAAAUCGUGAAUUAUGUGAAUAAGACAAAGUGACAUAAUAUAUUUUUGAUUUAAUAUAAACGAAAAUAAUUUCUCUAAUUAUUCCGUAGCGUAUAAUGUGAUUGUUAAUUCAGUAAACUUAUUUUAAUGGGAUUCACAUCGAAAUCAGUUAACAAACUAAAGUAUUUAAAUUAAAAAUGAAAUAAUAAAAUAUUUAUUUAUACUUAUUCCUUGUAAGCUGUGAUUCGUAAUUCAGUGGUAAAAAUGUAUUAGGUCAGUAUUUUAAAAUGGAGAAAGUAUAUUUAUUUGAACAUUCCUGUCCUAAGACUGGUGAAUGGUAGCUUUUGUAUUAUUUUAUUAGCAUUAUAAUAAUUUUAUUAACAUAAGUGUUUGAACAGUAUUUAAGCAAACAUUCCUGUAUUUUUUUACUUCGGUCGCAGUAAAUGUUCAGGUUAUUUUUAUGUACAAGUUUUUUAAAGUACAAGUAUUUAGAGCAGAUCGUGCAAGUGCCUUAGUGUGUUAUUCUGUUAAUACAUGACCACUCCAUUAUUGUAUAUGCUUUACCAAAUAAAAACAUGAUGAGAGUAA